AUGAAAAUUAUUGAAGAAAUCUAACAAGAAGUUGAUAAAUAAAUUAUGCUCAUAGAUCCUAAUGCUAGAAGAAAAUACAUGAAAAUUUCAGAUUCUUUAAGAAAAGAAUUAUUUGAUUUGGUUUACUCUUAAAAUAAAUCACCAUUUGAAGCAGCUAAAAUAUUGAAUAUUAAUUAUAAUUCAGUCAAAACUAUUCUGGCUAACUUUAAAAAUAGAAACGUUUAAAAAACUAAAAAGAAAACUUAAGUAUUAAAGAAAAACAUAGUUCUAGUAUAUCCUAAUAAUAACUAAGAAUUAUAAUAUUAAUAAAUAUAAUAAAUCUAACAAAAAUAAUAUUGGGAUCUAAUAAGAUUCCACAUAUUUAGAAAUCUUUUAUUUUAACAAUCUUAAAUUUAUUGAUCUUAUAUAUUUUUUAAUUAAAUAAUUUUAAUGUGUAUAUGUAUUUAUAUAUUUUUUAAUCAUUUUCAAU